UGGGCACCCGAGCCUGUCAUCCCUGCGGGGUCGGCGGGGUGCGGGCGGCGAUGCACCGCUGUCCCUCGCUCAAGGGCCGCGCCGGGCUCUUGUUCCCCGCCCCGCGGCCCCGCCCCUUGCCCCACCCCAGCCGGGAGACCUAACCCGGGCGGCAGCGCAGCGGCCGCAGCAACAUCACUCUCGCCGCCGCUGCUCCGCCCCAUCCCCUUCUGUUUUUCUCUCAUUCUCCGGUGGCGGCGGCGGGGAAGGCGGAGGAGAGGCAGAAGGAGCCAGCUGUGUCUGCAAUGAAUGAUCCCCCAGCUGAAGGGGAGGACUCCAGGUGAGCCUCUGCCCUCGGGAGGACCGGGAUUGCCCGGCCGCCCAAGCCCCGCAUCCCCCGCCAUGGAUCCCUAGGGGAACGGAAAAAGGAGGAAAAGAUAGCUCUGCCGCCCACCCCCAUCUCAUUUUCCUCUUCCUUUAUCUCAUUGUUGCCGAAGCUGUUUACCGUAGCGCUCCCUCUUGCCCCAGCAUGGGGAGGGUUCCAGGCACUGCCCUUCGGCAGGAGCUGCUUGCGCGGUUGCCUGGGGAUUCUGCCUAAUUCUACCUCUCCAGUCCGUGCACAGAAAACCGUGGAGAGCUGUGGAGGCCUGAACUGCAGCAGCCUCGGGGCCAACUCCCUGCAUCCCCACCCUGGGAGGCUGCAUGCGGAUUGAAGAGCGGUGUUUGGGGGCUGGGCCAGCCCGGCUGAUCCCUACCUAGGAAUAUAGGACAGGAGGACCUCCCAGGCUACCAAGUGGCCCAUCUGGAAGGACAGAGUCACAAGAUGGCCAGUAAGACCAAGGCCAGCGAGGCCCUGAAGGUGGUGGCCCGGUGCCGCCCCCUCAGUAGAAAGGAGGAGGCUGCUGGUCAUGAGCAAAUUCUGACCAUGGACGUGAAAUUGGGCCAGGUGACUCUGCGAAACCCCCGCGCGGCACCCGGGGAAUUGCCCAAGACCUUCACUUUUGAUGCCGUGUAUGAUGCUAGCUCCAAGCAGGCGGAUCUGUAUGAUGAAACGGUGAGGCCCCUGAUAGACUCAGUGCUUCAGGGUUUCAAUGGCACCGUGUUUGCCUAUGGCCAGACCGGCACUGGCAAGACCUACACUAUGCAGGGGACCUGGGUGGAGCCAGAGCUCCGCGGGGUUAUCCCCAACGCCUUUGAGCACAUCUUCACCCACAUCUCCCGCUCCCAGAACCAGCAGUACCUGGUUCGUGCCUCCUACUUGGAGAUCUACCAAGAGGAGAUUCGAGACCUGCUAUCCAAGGAGCCAGGCAAGAGGCUAGAGUUGAAGGAGAAUCCUGAAACAGGGGUCUAUAUCAAGGAUCUCUCCUCAUUUGUCACCAAGAAUGUCAAGGAGAUUGAGCAUGUGAUGAACCUGGGGAACCAGACCCGGGCAGUGGGCAGCACCCACAUGAAUGAGGUCAGCUCCCGGUCCCAUGCCAUCUUUGUCAUCACAGUGGAGUGCAGUGAGCGUGGCUCGGAUGGCCAGGACCAUAUCCGAGUAGGCAAGCUCAACCUGGUAGACCUGGCUGGCAGUGAGAGGCAGAACAAGGCAGGUCCCAACACAACUGGAGGACCAGCCACACAACCCACAUCUGGUGGUGGCAGCGGAGGUGGCAGUGGUGGUGGUGGUGGCAGCAGCGGAGAGAGGCCUAAGGAAGCCUCUAAAAUCAAUCUCUCUCUGUCUGCACUGGGCAAUGUGAUUGCUGCUCUAGCCGGCAACAAGAGCACCCACAUCCCCUACCGGGACUCCAAACUGACUCGGCUGCUCCAGGACUCACUGGGGGGCAAUGCCAAGACCAUCAUGGUGGCCACACUGGGUCCAGCUUCUCACAGCUACGACGAGAGCCUCUCCACCCUACGCUUUGCAAACCGAGCCAAGAACAUCAAGAACAAACCCCGGGUGAAUGAGGACCCCAAGGACACACUGCUGAGGGAAUUCCAGGAAGAGAUCGCCCGCUUGAAAGCCCAGCUGGAGAAGAAGGGCAUGCUGGGCAAGCGGCCUCGGAGAAAGAGCAGCCGCAGAAAGAAGGCUGUCUCGGCCCCGGCUGGUUUCCCAGAGGGGCAGGUGAUCGAGGCCUGGGUGGCCGAAGAAGAAGAUGACAACAAUAACAAUCACCGCCCACCCCAGCCCAUUCUAGAGUCAGCUUUGGAGAAGAACAUGGAGAAUUACCUGCAGGAACAGAAGGAGCGGCUGGAGGAGGAGAAGGCCGCCAUCCAGGAUGACCGCAGCCUAGUGAGCGAGGAGAAACAGAAGCUUUUAGAAGAGAAGGAGAAGAUGCUGGAGGAUCUGCGGAGGGAGCAGCAGGCCACAGAGCUGCUCGCGGCCAAGUACAAGGCCAUGGAGAGCAAGCUGCUCAUCGGCGGAAGGAACAUCAUGGAUCACACCAAUGAGCAGCAGAAGAUGCUGGAACUGAAGCGGCAGGAGAUUGCUGAGCAGAAACGCCGUGAGCGGGAAAUGCAGCAGGAGAUGUUGCUCCGAGAUGAGGAGACCAUGGAGCUGCGUGGUACCUACUCGUCCCUGCAGCAGGAGGUGGAGGUCAAAACCAAGAAACUCAAGAAGUUUUACCCCGCCUCCCCCCGCCUUCUCUGUUGCCUUUGUGACGGGGUCUCUCCCUCCGCUUCCCAUUUCUGUCCGAUUCCUGCUCCCAGGUACCUCAUCAUUGAGAACUUCAUCCCCCCUGAGGAGAAGAACAAGAUCAUGAACCGGCUCUUCCUGGACUGUGAGGAGGAGCAGUGGAAGGUCCAGCCCCUGGUGCCAGCUGGAGUGAAUAACAGUCAAAUGAAGAAGCGGCCAACUUCUGCAGUGGGCUACAAGAGACCUAUCAGCCAGUAUGCUCGGGUUGCCAUGGCAAUGGGGUCCCAUCCCAGAUACAGGGCUGAAAAUAUUAUGUUUUUGGAAUUGGAUGUUUCCCCACCGGCUAUCUUUGAGAUGGAAUUUUCUCAUGACCAAGAACAAGAUCCACGGGUACUACACAUGGAGAGGCUCAUGAGGUUGGACAGCUUUCUGGAAAGACCUUCCACGUCUAAAGUGCGAAAGUCAAGAUCAUGGUGCCAGAGUCCUCAGCGGCCUCAACCCUCCACCGCUCAUGCCUCCAUGGCCUCUGCUCCUCUGCAUCCCGCAACGGCGGUAGACCAUGAUUGAUGGCCUUCAGUCAGGCUGCCCGUCAUACAGACUCCUAGGACAGGGCAGCCAACCUUGGUUCAUCGCAUCUGAUGCUUGGUGCGCGUGUAUGUAUGUGUGUGGUAUGUACGCACGCAUGUGUGUGUGUGUGUGUGUGUGUGUGUGUGUGUGUGUGUACUAGUGCGUGUGAAGGGGUGAGAAACUGGCAGGUGGUGCCUCUGCCUGUUUUCUGUGUCUCCUUUAUUUAAUUCGUGUUAUUUAUUCAUGGAGCUUGGUUAGUGAGGAGAGAUCCCCUCGCCUGAGCUUCCUGGGCCUGCCGUGGUCACUGCAUUGCCUCCUUUUCUUCUGGCUGGGUAGAUACCUCAGUCAGGCCCCAAAGCUCCUCAUGUCACCUGCCUCCAGAAGGGAAGACGGCUAGUGCCUGAGAAGACAAUGCUUCCUUUUCCCGUCCAUCCCAUAGUCCCCAUCUUCUUGUCCGAUGGUGAGCAGCCCUGAUGCUCUCUGGGGCUGGAAAACUGCUGAUGUCCAUUGAGGGCAAGAGGUACCCUAAAUAGCACUGGGCCUGUACUCCUGGCGGACUGAGCUUUGCCCUCCUCUUUCUGGGCCCCAGACUCUUCCCGCCUCCAGGGCUCUUUGCCAAGGACUUUCAGUAGCCUCCCUGAGACUCAUCCCAGGCUCUCCCGCCUUGGCAAGAACUCAUGGCUUCCCCAACUCCACUUCAUUGCCAGCCCUCUCCACCCUUGUACUGGGAAUUGUGAGACCCGCAGGAAACGGAACAGUGUGGAAAGAAUGCGGACUGUCAUCAAGGGAAGUCCCCUCUCAGGUCCCAGGUUUCUGUCUACUCCAAGAAGUGUCUUUGGUGAACAAACCACCUGUCCUCAUGUGAGGUGUGGCUUCUCUCUGCUUUGAUCACUGUUCCCCGAAGCUGUCCGAUCUCAGUCCCUAGUGGAAAGAAUCGGUGUCAUUCUGCCCCUUACUAGACGCAGAUAGCAACACCCCUCGCUUUUCUCCUUCGACUAGUACAAGAAACUCACCCAGGCACAAUCUUUGCCAGAUUUACCUAUUACCCCUCUUUCCUAGUCACAUCUUGGGGGAACACUGUUUUGUUGAAAACUGAUCCAUUCUUUACUACUUGUGUGAACUGACCAUCCUCAUCUUCCUUUGUGACAGCUCCAAAUGUCUCCAGGUAUUGCAAGUAAUAAGUAAAUUUCUAUUUUAAAAAGUUAA